GCUUCUAAUCCAUCUUGAUCCUCCUUGAGCGAUUAUGGUUUUCAUCUGUUAGAAUACCCUUUUCUUGCAUAAAGUAUUAUGAACAAGGAUCAUCAUAAUUGAAGUGGUUAUCUCCCUCAGCAGAUGAUGUUCUGACCAUAUAUUAGAGAAAAAUCAGUAGAUCACGUAGGAUUACGGGGAAUAGAGCAGCAGGGAGAAAAUUUGGUCUGAUACUAUGACAAAUGAUGAAUCUGGAAUCUGCACUUAGUCUUAAACUUGAUUUUUGCUAUAUCCCUAAAUUUAUUUAUUUGUUUAUCCUAAUUUAUGAUUUUCAUUUGCUGGUGCAGCCUUGUUACAGGCAGUGUCUUGGCUAGCUAUCUCAAUCCUUUCCCCAUCAAGCAUAUCAAUUUUCUCAAUGACCCUCUAUCUCCUCCUUGGUAAUCUUGGUGCUUCAAUAGUUGAGGUUGCAAAUGAUGCUAUUGUUGCAGAGACGGGAAAACGGCCUGGUUCAUCAGGUGAGCUCCAAUCAUAUGUUUGGAUGGCUUCCUCUGUUGGUGGAGUACUUGGAAACCUGCUGGGUGGUGUUGCUAUUUAUCAAUUCUCCCCCAAGACAAUGUUCCUUCUGUUUGGCCUUCUCCUAACCAUUCAGUUCUUGAUAACCAUUUUUGUUCGGGAAAGCUCCCUUAACCUUCCAAAGAGUCCGUCAGAUAUUGGGGUUAGAAAGCAGCUUUCAGAGCUCUUAGUUGCAUUGCGGAAACCUGAGAUUGCUCACUCAAUAGUGUGGUUUGCAGCCUCUUAUGCUGUAAUUCCAGUCCUGACAGGCACCAUGUUCUUCUACCAAGCGCAGUGUCUGAAGAUUGACUCAUCGGUUCUGGGGAUCUCAAAGGUCUUUGGCCAGGCAGCGAUGCUUCUAUGGAGUGUCCUGUACAAUCGACACUUGAAGUUGGUCCCUCCGAGGAAGCUAAUAUCAGCCAUUCAGGUCAUGAUGGCUGUCUUCAUGGUUUCAGAUGUGUUGUUUGUGAAGGAGAUUUAUCGGAAGACGGGGGUUCCAGACUCGGUUUAUGUUGUGAUUUUCUCAGGGCUUUUAGAGGUUCUCUUCUUUUUCAAGAUCCUGCCAUUUAGUGUUUUGGUACCACAGCUCUGCCCACCAGGGUGUGAGGGAUCUUUGAUGGCAUUUCUCAUGUCUGCCAUUGCCCUUUCCUUUAUAGUGAGUGGGUACCUGGGUGUUGCACUAGCUUCAUAUGUUGGAGUCACGGGUAAUGAUUUUUCAGGACUGCCACGUGGCCUCCUAAUACAGGCAGUAUGCACACUUGUGCCUCUCUAUUGGUCGUCUUGUAUUCCAGAUGAUGUGAAACCUAAAACAAGGAGGAAGAAAGAUUAGACUUGGUGGCAGUAGAUAAUAGAGCUAUGAAGGAGUAGAUCUCUAGUUUGUAUAUUUUCCCUUUCCUAUUAUUUAUUUAUUUAUUUUUAUUUUCACAUUUGUUGAUCGAUGCAGGAGCACUCUUGAAGGGUGCAGCAAGGUCACUAAAUAUCAAUGUGGAUGUAGGUCUGCUCUUCAUUCUUUUUAUUCAUGCUGUGAUACUCGGCAUGAAUGAAUACAUGUAGACUUGUAAACAUAUCGGUAAUCAUUGGGUUAUGCAGGGAUUUUGCAUUCA